AAUCUUUGUGAUUGUCAUGUGACAUAAACAAAAUGUCGACAUUUUCAGAAAGCCCCUUUUGUAAUGCUGAGUGAAUAAAAGUGGGUGAACAAUGGAUAAAAAGGAAAAUGAAGUGAAUGAAAAAGAAUUGUCAGCUUCAAAUGAUUAUUCAAAGUAUGGAAUCAAGGAUGUCCCGAAGUUUACGAAAACAACUGCUUUAGGAAAGACCAAAACAUUUGCUGGUCUUUUCCCAAAAGAGUGGCUGUUUGUGAUAGUUUCUAUAAUAAAUAUAACAACUGCCAUUGGACUCACACUGUACCGUAUGAUAGUUGUUGUACAAAGUGAGGAUUCAGAUUCUCCAGACUUCACUUUCACUCUGCUGCUCCUUAUCAAUGCAGUCUUCUGUUACUUCUAUGUUCUGCAUGGAGUACUUCGAGAGAGGGUCUUUGAGCUUUAUGCCUUUAUGGCAGCCAUUUUGGUAGUGACUUUGUACUGCCUCCUGGAAUAUUUUGUCUUCAACCCAUCACGACAGACAACUGUUAAACUAGUCAGAUUGAUCUUAGCCUGUCUGUUAGCACCACCAAACAUAUUUCUAGCUUUCAUAGUGUCCAAAAACUUUGGCUACUUGGAAUUCAGAAUUGUUGGAGCAUCUAAAGAACUUCAGAGACUCUAUGAACAAGCUGCAAUAUUUUCCUGUCUUCUCAAGUUUGAUUUACAAGCAACUAGUAGUAUUGUUAUCCUUGCACUUGAAGAUGGUACACAGGUAUCCACACUUGAAACAGUCUCUUUGGCUAUUGGACUCCCAUACUCUUUGAUGUGGUGUUUACUGGGCUGGUUAACAUUAAGAAGAGAGUUGAAAUAUGGAGCUAUAACUUUUGCUGUCCUAGGAUUCAUUAAACCUUGCUACUAUGUUUAUAAAAUUGUCCGGGAAUAUGUCAAACAACAAGACCCGGAUGUACCUACUACAGAUACAAUUGUCUACUCUAUCAUAGCUGCAGUUUCAAUUGGUCUUCUGGUCUGGGCCAUGUUGAUGAUAGAACUCUGGUUUGUUUAUAAAAACUUUAACAAAGGUUUAAAAAGCAAAGUUUUUACAACUAGAACAGCUACCAAUGACGUAAAUGAGACAUCUGGAUUAUUGAGGACUUCAAGAAGCUAGCAGAAGUCAAAAGUGUCAUCAUUUUCUGUUGUUUUGAACAAGAAACUUGUUGAGAAAAAUAGCCAUAACUUUGCCGGUGCUCAACUUAGUAUUUAUUUUAAUUCUAUUUUUGAUGUCUUUGCUUUUUUUUUUAAAAUAUUGUUGCAAUUUGUUUUAGUUUAAGAAUAAAAAAAAGUAUUAUUUUAACAGUUUAAUUUAUUUUUGAAAAAAGUAAUUUAUAAACAAAUGUUAUACUUGUUUUGUAUUAACCAUGUUAUAUAUAUUCUAGUAAAGACUUUACAAGUUCUCUUUCUGCUUAUACGUUGUAAAUGUAAAACUAAUUAUUUUUAUGUAGGCCUUCAUAUUUGAAAUGAAAGGGUAUUUUUAUUGUGGUAAUUUUAUACAUUUAUAUAAUAAAUUAUUGAGUAUAUGCUUGUUUUAAUGUAUCAGAUGUUUUUCUUUUUAACCUAGGUGGAAAAAAAUGUAGUGCAAUUGUUAGUUUAGCUUCCAUCAAUGUGACCAACAUUUUUCUGCUUUUUUAUCUGAAAGUAGUUUUUUUUAACCUGUUUUUUUUUCCCCUUUAUUUCAUUGCUUUCCUACAGAUUUUCUUAUUGUCAUGGAAACUGCUGCACUUAGAAAUAAUGUAGCCUACUUGAAUACUUAGGAAUAAAGUAUCUGAAUACUUAGGAAUAAAGUACUUGAAUACUUAGGAAUAAAGUACUUGAAUACUUUGGAAUAAAGUGCUUGAAUACUUAGGAAUAAAGUGCUUAAAUACUUAGGAACAAAGUACUUCAAUACUUAGGAAUAAAGUACUUGAAUUAAUCAUUCAGGUAUAUGUUAUUCAAUCUACUUAUUUAUGUAUUUAGUUUUUUUAUUUAACCAGUAAACAUUCAGAGUUGUAUGGCAGAUUGUUUUGCAUGUUGACUCUACUUCAAAAAUGUUUUAAGAUUCUACUUCAAUUGUCUAGUUCCUAAUUUCCUAGUUGACACACAUUGUCCUCCAUUAUCACUUUUAAAAAGCAAAUUCAAACAUUUCUUUGUUGUAAAAAAGAAAUUCAAACCUUGAUAUAUUCAAGAUUGUUGUUUAGAAGAAGUGAAACAUACACUGAAAUACCAUCAUAAGUGAUAUAGCUGACCUGUAAAUAGUUAAACAAUUUGAAUUGCCCAUUUAAUUUUGUUUUUUUAUUUCAAGGUUUGGCAGUAUUUAAAUGAUUUUUUUUUUAUUAAAGUAAAAUGUUAUAUUUUAUACAUAUUUCUUAAAACAUUUUAAUUAGAAUUUAAAGAAAUUUACCUAAUUUUCUUUUAUUCUUUUAUAAUUAAGCUACUUUAGUUAAUUAGUCAUUUUUUGAUAGAUUUAGCUAUUUUUUUGGUUCAUAUCAUUUUCUAGUCAGUCACAGUUUUGAAUUUCUGUUGAUAGCAAAAAAUCUAGCACAGUGGGAUUCUUGUAAUCACAUUCCACAUAAUUCACAUAGCUAAACAGCAGUGGAAAAAAGUUUAAAAAUUUCAUAGGACACAGCUUUGUGAUCAUGAUUGCUGAAAAUGUGUUUUUGUAACCUUCCCUUCUGUUGCAGGACAUCUAGGUGGUAGCCACAUUUUCAAUUCUCAUCCACAAUUAUUGAAGUUAAAAUUUGGCAACUCAAAAGUAGAAUCAUGAACCAAUUUUUAUUGUCUCAACACUGAGAUUAAAUAUCUCACUUUAAAAAUGAAAGCUUUUGCACUUAAGAUGCUUUGAAUGUUUCAUUUUUGGUUAAAAUAAAUAAUGUGGAUGAGAUGUCCAAGCACUGUAACAAUCUUGUAACACAGGGCAUGUUCAAGUAAUAAAAUCCACCUUUAAUGAUUGCAUCCCCAUAUGGUCCAAUAAAUAGUCUAAAAAUAAGGACCAUUUGUACACCAGAUUAUUAUAUCAGCAUCUAAAUCACAGGAUAUUUAAAAUAGUAGAUACAGCAUGAGUAAGGCUUACACUAAAACUGUGAUGUAAUUAAGAUUUUAUGUAAAUAUAAAACAACAUUGUAAUGUACAAUUUAUACUAGUCAAUGUUUACUUAUUCACCUAACAUGCAUUUCAUAGCCUUGCUUUUUAUUUGGUAGAGGUAAAAUUUUAUGAACAAAUAGUGCCUGACAUUGAGUGCAAUAAACAAGAUUAUGUUAUAAAAUACAAAUGAAUACAAUAUUCUAAAUGUCAUUCCACAAUUUCUUGAGUUUGUCUUUAAGGCAUUAUUUGUUUACAGCAAAAAAAACAACAUAUUGCUGUAAUCAUGAAACAAAUUUUGUUGAUAUUCUAAUUUUUAUUGAGAUACAACUAAUAUUAUAAAAUUUUUACAAACAUUUUCAUCUUAGGUCAUUGUGAUUUAUUAUGUAUACUUGAUGGGUCAGUUGUUUUUUAUAACAAUUAUUUACACAAAUAUUUUUUUUUAGCUUUUCUCUGUGUAUGCAUCAGUUUUUGCUUUAUUUUUUGAGAUUAUUUGUACAGAUUUGAAAUUUAAUAUUUGGAAUUUUUUUUUUAAAGAAACACAUCCGAAUGAACAUGUAUGAAUGUAAAGGAUGUAUGCUAUAUUCCUCGUAAACAGAGUGUUAAAACAAAAUAUAUUUAGCUUUGAAAACCUGUUCUUGUUAAUAUGUAGAAAUUAAUUACAACAAUGUACAAUCUUGUAGCUUGUGUAAUUGCCAGUGAUAGGAAUCUUAAAAUUUAUUCAAAUCCUGAUGAACCUGAUUUCCAUUAAAAAAAGAAACAAAUAACAAACAUCUAGGCUUUGUGAAAAAAAAACAAUAAAAAAAAAAAAAAAAAAAAAAAAAACAUAA